AUGCCACGCAAAGCCGUGCAGCGGGUGUUUACAGAGUCUGACUCGUGUUUUCGCUUUGGCCUGUUGCAGAUCUUCCCCGACCUGUACCACUUCCAACACAACUCCGUGGUGAAGCGUUCGGCCGAGCCCAGUUUGGAGCAUCACAACAACCUGCUGGGCGAGAGGGAGGUGAAGUGGGCCAAGCAGCAGGUGGUGCUGUCGCGGCCCAAGCGCGACCUGCUGCCGCUGUCGAUGCAGCUGAGGCCCGGCCGCAACUACCGCCAGACGGUGCUGCUCAACGACCCACGCUGGCAGCAGAUGUGGUACCUGAACCGCGGCCACGGGCUCGACAUGAACGUGCAGGGCGCCUGGCUGGAGGGCAUCACGGGCCGCGGCGUCGUCGUCACCAUCCUGGACGACGGCCUCGAGACGGAGCACCCCGACCUCGUGCGCAACUACGACCCGCAGGCGAGCUACGACGUCAACAACCACGACGAGGACCCGACGCCGCGCUACGACCUCAUCGAUACCAACCGGCACGGCACGCGCUGCGCCGGCGAGGUCGCUGCCGUGGCCAACAACUCCGAGUGCGCCGUCGGCGUCGCAUUCGGCGCCCGCGUAGGCGGCGUGCGUAUGCUGGACGGUGACGUGACGGACGCGGUGGAGGCGCGCUCGCUGUCGCUCAACCCGCAGCACAUCGACAUCUACAGCGCCUCCUGGGGGCCCGACGACGACGGCAAGACCGUCGACGGGCCCGGCGAGCUCGCGACCAGGGCCUUCAUCGAGGGAAUCACCAAGGGCCGCGGCGGCAAGGGCUCCAUCUUCGUGUGGGCGUCGGGCAACGGCGGGCGCGACCACGACAACUGCAACUGUGAUGGCUACACCAACUCCAUCUGGACGCUGUCCAUCUCGAGCGCCACCGAGAACGGCGUCGUGCCCUGGUACUCGGAGGCCUGCAGUUCGACGCUCGCCACCACCUACAGCAGCGGCGCCUCCAGUGAGAAGCAGGUGGUGACCACGGACCUGCACCACCAGUGCACGAGCUCGCACACGGGAACGUCGGCGUCGGCGCCGCUGGCGGCCGGCAUCUGCGCGCUGGCGCUCGAGGCGAACCGCGACCUGACGUGGCGCGACAUGCAGCACAUCGUGGUGCGCACCGCGCGCCCCAGCAACCUGCACACCCCGGACUGGAGGCUCAACGGCGUCGGCCGCAACGUGAGCCACUCCUUCGGCUACGGCCUGAUGGACGCCACGGCGAUGGUGCGGCUGGCGCGCUCCUGGAAGCCCGUCCCUGAACAGCACCGCUGCGAGGUCUCAGCGCCGCACACCGACAAACUGAUCCCCGCUAAGAGCCAAGUCACCCUGGAGCUGUAUGUGAAGGAAUGCGCCGGCGUCAACUACCUCGAGCACGUGCAGGCCAAGAUCAGCCUGGUGUCUUCGCGGCGGGGCGACCUCACGAUCCACCUGACGUCACCGGCCGGCACGAGGGCGACGCUGCUGGCGCGCCGGCCGCAGGACGUGUCGAGGGCCGGCUUCCAGGACUGGCCCUUCAUGUCAGUCCACACGUGGGGCGAGCAGCCCUUCGGCCGGUGGACGCUCGAGAUCCACAACGAGGGACGCUUCCUGGGGCGCGCCAAUCUGCAGGAGUGGGCGCUGGUCUUCUACGGCACGGCCGAGCCACCGGACGGAGCGCUGCCGCCUCCGGGGGCGGCGGGGGUGGUGGGAGCGCCGGGGGUCGCGGGCGUGCCCGCCUCCGGUGUCGGGCCACGCGGGGGCUUCCUGGGGGCGGGGCCCGCCGCCGCCCGGCCUCCCAUCGCCGCGACGCCGGCGCCGCCACCGAGGUCCAAGCCGAAGGUCAAGAAGCAGAACUUCCGCGGCGGCAACCGCACUGGCGCCGCCAAGAGCCGCACCACCACCACCACGACCACCACGACCGCAGCUAGCGCCGCGACGAUGCCGGACGCCUUCCGAAAGUACACCAAGGUCAACGUGCUGGUGAUGAAGGAGCCGGCGGCGGGUGUCUCCGUGGCGGAGCUGUCGCGCGACCACACGCUGCGCCUGCCCACAGGCAGCGUCUCUGGCUGGGAGCUGGUGCUACACGGCACGGAACAGCCGGCACAGCCAGACGACGCCGCCACCGCCGCGCCGCCGCCGCCGACGGCCGCCCCCGGCACGGCUGCCCCCCGCACGCGGCCCCCGCCGUCGCUGCCCCUGGGGGCGGAUGCGGGCAAGCAACAGCAGCAACAGCAGCGCUGGCCCCCGUACCCCCGGCCGCCCGCGCACCACGACAACGAAGUGGCGCCGCCCCCGGCCGCGGCGCCCGCCUCCGCCCCCGACACCGCCGCGCGGCCCCCUUCGGUCGGCGACGCCGCCUCCAGCUCCGCCUCCGCCUCGGGCUGCGUGUCGCUCGCCAAGAACGGCCACGGCUGCCUAGGUUUGUGCCUCGCAGUGGCCGCCGGCGCGUCGGCGCUGCUCCUGCAGACAAGGACGCUCGUCUGA